UCUGUAAUAUGAAUCGCCUCGGGAUUCAAGAGGUUUCGAAGAGAGGGCGCUACCGUAGUCGGUCGACAAGGGUCGAUUUCGCUUGCGACGCUUGAAAAAGAAGAUGGCUGCGAACCUCAGCAAGAAAGACAUUUUUUCAGUUAAAAGUAAAAAUUUGUUGUUACAUUUACAAGUAAAAUAAAGAAUUAUCUAUGGUCCUUCGAGCUAUCAUUUUAAGGUGACCCCAACCGCAACAUUUUGGUCCAAACGAGCCGGAUAAGUGCCAUUUUGAUCAUUUUAAAAACUGGAUAUUGCCGGGCUAGAAACGAGCCUUUUGUCACGAACUGGAAGAACAUCCAUGGUGGCCGGCUAGCAACAAAACGCAAGAAGUAAGAUUUGAAAUGGCUGAAGCAAUAGAUCUCAGAAGGUUAAGAACUAGGCGAGGUCAGUUGAGAGGCAUAGCCACUCGGUUUCAAAGUUUUAUGUCUAACAUGCAGGAUGUUCUAGAAGUAAAAACUAGGUUGGAAAAAGUAGAGUCCGCGUUUGUAGAGUUCGAUCAAGUUCAGUCCGAAUUAGAGCUAUUAGAUGAAGAAGAAACAGAAGUUAGAGAAGAAAUAGAAAAUGUAUUUUACAAAGCUAUUUCUACAGGUAAAAAUGCAUGCGUUGAUGCUAAUAUUAAUUCACAAAUAUUACAUACACCUCAAAAUCCAGUAAGUAACAUAAAGCUACAUCCUAUAAAUUUUCCUAUUUUUAGCGGAGGUUAUGAGAAUUGGAUUAAUUUUAAGGAUACUUUUAAUUCCUUAAUAGAUAAUAAUGUAUCAUUAGAUGCGAUUCAAAAAUUUCAUUAUCUGAAAUCUUGUCUUCGAGAAGACGCAGCUCAGAUUAUAAGUUCUUUAGAGGUAACUAGUAGCAAUUAUUCAAUAGCUUGGAAAUUGUUACAAGAACGUUAUGAAAAUCAAAGAUUAAUAAUUCAUAAUUACAUUAAAACUUUAUUUGAAAUAUCUCCAGUUCAGAAAGAAUCUUGUAAAGAUUUAAGAAAUUUAUUAGACACGUUUUUGAAAAAUAUUAGAGCCUUACAUUCACUAGGACAACCCACAGAUCAAUGGGAUACACUCUUAAUUUAUUUAUUAACAUCUAAACUCGAUUAUAACACAAGAAAAGAGUGGGAAUGUUCAUUAAAGAGUAACAAUUUGCCUACUAUGGUCAACUUAACGGAUUUUCUAAAGCAAAGAUGUAUGAUAUUAGAAACAAUAAAUGUAAACAAAACAAAAUCAGAUAUAUCUAUUUCAUACAGAAAAGGCCAUGAUAAUAAGAGUCAUUCUUUUGCCACAACUCAAAACUCCAGUUUUUCAUGCUAUUAUUGUAAUCAACCUCAUCCUAUUUAUAGAUGUCAAUCAUUUUUUAAACUUAAUUUAGAGAAUAAACAUAAAGAAAUUAAAAAAUUAAAAUUAUGUGCAAACUGUUUAAAACCAAAUCACGCUACAGAUCAGUGUCAAUCUCUUAGAACAUGUUUUAAAUGUAACCUAAAACAUCAUACGUUAUUACAUGACUAUUCGAGUAACAAAACAAAUGUAACUUCCUGUUCUCAUUGCGCAUGUAAUAAUAAAAUACCAACUGAAGUUUCUGAAAAUGAAAAAGAUAAUAGUGAGAAUCAAUCUUCAUUAAAUUUAUCUUCUACUGCUGCUCAUUCUUUAUCAAAUUAUGUCAUGUUAUCGACAGCUGUUAUAUAUAUAAAAGAUAAAUUUGGAAAUUUGCAUACCUGUCGUGCUCUUUUAGACUCAGGUAGCCAAAGUAAUUUUAUUACAAAGUCAUUAGCAGAAAAAUUACAGUUAGAUCAAAAUCAUACUAACAUUUCAAUAUCUUGUAUUGGUAAAAAUAAUACUAAUAUUUCAAAAGCAGUAAAUUCUACAAUAAAGUCAAUGUACGGUUCAUUUACAACUAAUUUAAGUUUUUUCAUAAUUUCUCAGAUUACUGAAGAGAUACCUCAAAUAAAAUUUGAUAUAAGUCAUAUUAAAAUUCCAGAUAAUAUACAACUGGCUGAUCCAAAAUUUAAUAUUCCAAAUAAUAUAGAUAUUCUUAUAGGCGCUUCAAUAUUUUAUGACUUAAUAAUGGGCGAAUCAAUAAGUUUAGGUACAAAACAGCCUACAUUAAGAAAAACUAAGUUAGGUUGGAUAUUGUCAGGUAUCAUUCACAAUAAACAAGUAAAUAAACAAAUAUGUAAUUUAUCUUUAAAUAAACAAUUGACACGAUUCUGGGAAAUAGAAGAAGUACCAUUUAAAAAACAUUUUUCCCUUGAAGAACAAUAUUGUGAAUCAUACUUUAAAGAAACUACCACACGUAACGAAGAUGGUAGAUUUAUUGUCAAGCUACCACAUAAUGAUUCAGUUAAUAAACUUGGGGAUUCUAAGGCCAUCGCUUUAAAAAGAUUAAAUCAAAUCGAAUUGAAAUUUGAAAAGGAUCAAACAUAUAAAACACUUUAUAAUGAAUUUUUAAAAGAAUAUUUAGAUAUGGAGCAUAUGACACUAGUAAACACAGAUUCAGAUAAUAUUGAUCAUUGUUUUUAUUUACCUCAUCAUGCUGUUAGAAAGGAAGACAGCAGUACCACAAAAUUAAGAGUAGUUUUCGAUGGUAGUGCGAUUACAAAUACAGGAAUAUCAUUGAAUAAUUGUUUGCAUGUAGGCCCAACUAUACAGGAUGAUUUAUUUGAUAUAGUAAUUCGGUUUAGAACGUAUCCUAUAGUAUUUACUGGUGACAUCGCGAAAAUGUAUCGCAUGGUUUUAGUACAUCCUGAGCAUAGGAAUCUACAAAGAAUUCUUUGGCGUGAAAAUGAUAAUGAACCUGUUCAAUCUUAUACGUUAAAUACUUUAACUUACGGUACAGCUCCAGCAUCAUUUUUAGCCAUUCGAUGUCUCCAUGAAUUAGCAUAUCAAAAUCAACAUAGAUAUCCUGAAGCUUGCAAUAAGAUACUUAAAGAUUUUUACGUAGAUGACUUACUAACCGGUACUAAUACGGUAAAGGAUGCACUUAAAUUAAAAAACGAGAUAUAUGAGAUUUUAAAGUCCGGUGGAUUUGAAUUACGAAAAUGGUCAUCAAAUUCACGAGCCUUUGUUGAAGAUAUAAAUUCUAAUUCUACUCAUUUAUUUUCAGAUAAAACAGAUUUUAAGUUACUAGGUUUAAUUUGGGAUUCAAAAACAGAUAUACUACGAUACUCAGUAAACGUGAACUAUAAUAAAACAAAUAUUACUAAAAGGCAAAUUUUAUCAUUAAUAUCACAAAUAUAUGAUCCUCUGGGAUUGAUUGGCCCAGCUACUAUAAAAGCUAAGAUUAUUAUGCAAAAUUUGUGGCAAUGUGAGAUAAAUUGGGACGAUCCAAUUCCAUCAGACAUAGCUGAAAUCUGGCAAGAUUUUAGUAAACAAUUAAAUUCAUUAAAUGAUAUUUCAGUGCCUAGACAUGUAUUAUGUAAUUCUUCAAAUUAUGUUGAACUUCACGGUUUUUGUGACGCCUCCGAGAGUGCAUAUGGCUGUUGUAUCUACCUACGAUCAUUAACUAAUUUCGGAGAAUGUACAGUGAGAUUAUUGUGUGCAAAAUCAAAAGUAGCACCACUCAAACGAAUAACUUUACCUAAAUUGGAAUUGUGUGGAGCUUUACUUCUGGCUAAGUUAACAAAACGAGUUCUUAGAUCUUUAACGGUAAACAUAGAAAAAACAUUUCUUUUUACUGAUUCCAGCAUUGUAUUAUCAUGGAUAUCGACAGAACCAUGUUAUUUAAAAACAUUCGUCGCCAAUCGAAUUGCGGAAAUUACCGAAUUAACGUCAAAAGAUAAAUGGUAUCAUGUAAAGUCAGAAUUAAAUCCUGCUGAUAUUAUUUCGCGAGGCACAAAUCCAAACAUUUUAAAAGAUAAAAAAUUAUGGUGGUGCGGUCCUAAUUUUUUAAAUGAUAAUGCCAAGCCGUUCUCAAGCAGAACUCCUGACUACAGAGAUAGUAAUGUACCAGAAAUGAAAAGAACUGUAGCUUUAGUUUCAAAUACUGCUGAGAUAUCUAAUAUCUUUACUAAAUUUUCUUCCCUAACAAAGCUUAAACGCGUAAUUGCAUAUGUUUUACGUUUUAAAAACAACGCUUUAUGUAAAGAUAAUAAAAUUUCAGGUCCUCUUAGAGUAAAUGAGUUAAACAAAGCUAUGACUAUUCUAAUUAAGAUUGUACAAUUUCAAGAGUUUGCUGACGAUAUAAAAAAUCUUACUUCUAAAAUUAAACUGUCCAAUUCUAGCAAGCUGUUGAAUUUGAAUCCAUUUUUAGAUGAAGAUGGUAUUAUUAGAGUCGGCGGAAGAUUAAAACAUUCGCAUUUAAGUUAUAAUCAGAAGCAUCCGACAAUAUUACCUACAAAGCACACCUUCACAGAACUGUUAAUAUUACACACUCAUUUACGAUAUUUACAUAUGGGUACUCAAGCACUUCUAGCUACAAUUCGUUUAGAAUAUUGGCCAUUAUCAGGGAAAGUUGCCGUCAAGCGCAUCUUGCGGAAAUGUAUUAAAUGCUUUAGAGCUAAACCAAAGUCUGUAACUCAAAUAAUGGGAGAUUUACCUUCCGAUCGUUUUUCAACAUUAAGACCAUUUUAUAAGUGCGGUGUAGAUUACGCAGGUCCUUUAUAUAUUAAAAAUAGUACUUCUAGAAAAGCAAAAAAUGUAAAAGCUUAUAUAUGUUUAUUUAUUUGCCUAUCAACAAAGGCAGUUCAUAUUGAACUAGUGCGUGAUCUCUCAACUGAUGCUUUUAUAAAUUCUUUAAAACGGUUUAUAUCACGAAGAGGUAAACCUUCUGACAUCUAUUCAGACAAUGGAACAAAUUUUCGAGGUGCAGCUAGAGAGUUGCAACAAUUAUAUAGUUUCCUUUCUGAUAAGUCAGUUAAUGAAGAAAUUUUGAAUUUCUUGGGACAGGAUAAAAUUUCAUGGCAUUUCAUUCCGUCAAAUUCGCCGCAUAUGGGAGGUAUUUGGGAGGCCGCGAUCAAAUCAGCCAAGUAUCAUAUAAAACGCAUAUUAUCUCAAGCAUAUUUAACUUUUGAAGAUAUGUACACAUUAUUGGUUGAAGUUGAAGCAUGUCUGAAUUCUAGACCCCUUACCCAAAUAUCCAAUGAUCCCCUAGAUUUCUCCUUGCUUACCCCAAGUCACUUUCUUAUUGGAGACUCUUUAUUGGCCAUACCUGAAACCAACAUCAUUGAAGCAAAUGUUUCACGUUUGAAUCAUUACCAAAGGUUGAAACAAAUUCAUCAACACUUUUGGCAAAGAUGGUCACGAGAGUAUUUGUCUACAUUACAAACCAGAUCCAAAUGGAAGACCAGUCAACAAAAUAAUCUAAAUAUUGGGCGUUUGGUCAUCCUGAAGGAAGAGUCAUCACCACCUUUACAAUGGACGAGAGGCCGAAUAGUCGACAUUCAUCCAGGAUCCGAUGGACUUGUGCGCGUCGUUUCUGUGAAAGUGCCGAACGGUCGCAUAGUUAAGCGGUCUAUUGCUAAAGUUUGUUUAAUGCCAGUCGAUUAAAAGUUCGAAACUUUUAAGGUGGCCGGUAUGUUCGGAUUUUAUGAUUUCUGUAAUAUGAAUCGCCUCGGGAUUCAAGAGGUUUCGAAGAGA